AUAAAAAUUGGUAUAUUCUUAUUCAGACUUACAAUUUCGAAAUUACUUGGCGUGCACAAUAGCCACAACCCAAACCAGAAAGCAACGGAACUAACAGAUUUUUUUUUUUUUUCCCUCUUUAGUACUAAUAAACAAUACAUUUUCCCUCUCUCUCUCUCUCUCCAUUUCUCUUCACCAUAUCUUCUUCUUCUUCUUAGAGAGAGAAACUAUGGUUCCUCGCUCUCUCUCUCUACUCUCUUCAGCCUCAUCUCCAUCAUCAUUCCCUCCAAAUUUCACCGCCGAUUCACCUUCUCCGGCGCCGUUUUCCUUCCGGCGAGUUCCUCGGUUUCCGUGCCUCAAUGUCUUCUCCUCUUCAUCAUCGUCGAAGCAACAAUUAUUCAUCGAUAAUAAUGAUUCGCCGGAGCAAUUUUUGAAGAACAAUUCGAUUGCGGAUUUUAUGAGGUUUAAAAAAGGAAGGAGUAAUGCAGCUGAAUUGCAAACUGCUGUUGUUACUUAUAGAAAGAAGUUUCCUUGGUCGAUUCUUCAGCCUUUUCUCCAGGUUGAUUUGGUAUCGACAAUACAUAUUGCUGAUAAAGAGUACUUCGCCGCCCUACAAAAGGAACUUGAACCGUAUGAUUGCAUUCUUUAUGAGAUGGUAGCCAGUAGAGAAAGUUUAGACGGUAGAAAAAGUUCUAUUUCUAGAAGGAAACUAAAAAGUUCAAGAUCACGGGGAUUUAAUAUUAUAGGAUUCAUCCAACGGCAGAUGGCAAGAUUUCUCACCCUUGAUUUCCAACUAGAUUGUCUUGACUAUGAGGGUGAGAAUUGGUAUCAUGCGGAUCUUGAUUUUGAGACCUUCAAGUUACUCCAGCUUGAAAGAGGCGAGAGCUUCUUCACAUUUGCCAGAGAUAUGACACUUAGAUCAACAAAAGCACUUGUGCAACCUGCAAUCCCAGAUGAUCUUGGCCCUUGGAGAUCCAAACUUCUAUGGGCUUCUCGGGUGCUGCCGAUGCCUCUUGUUGGACUUCUUAUCAUCGGAGGUGUUUGUACAGAUGUGAAAAGUCAACCAUCUGAAUAUCCUGAAUUAGAAGCCUUGUCCAGACUUGAUUUUGGUGCUGCAAUGAAGGUCUUCCUGGCAAAGCGACUAACAUCUGAAUUCACACAGGUCACAGCUGAUGUAGAGGCGACGUCUGUCAUCAUCGGAGAGAGAAACAAAGCUGCGUUAGAAGCACUUCAAAGAGCUAUGAACGAGGGUCAUAAUAAGAUUGCUAUCCUGUAUGGUGGUGGGCACAUGCCAGAUUUGGGACGAAGGCUGCGAGAAGAGUUUGACCUUGUCCCUUCUGACGUACAGUGGAUAACUGCCUGGUCCAUCAGAAACCGCAACCUAACGACCAGUUCACUUCCUUUGUUGAAACAAAUGGCAGAAGUCUCAGGUUGGCCUCUAAAUAGAUAUCAGACUUUAGCUCUGCUAAUUUUUUCUUCUGUUCUUGCAUUGGAUCUUUGGUUUUGGGAACUCUUCUUUGGUACUACAGCCAAUUGGGUUUCCCAAAUUGCAUCAGACAUUUCUCAAUAUGUUCAUAUGUAAAAUUGAUGUAAUUAAAUUUAUCAAAACAAUUGGGUCAAUGAAGCCUUGUGUACAUACUUCAGGAUUAUACAGUUAAUUAUAUUCUAGAACUGUACAUUUCUCUUGGA